AUGGUGGCUAAACCAGGGCACAAGAAUAAGAAGAAGGGUGUGGAGACAUACAGCACAUACAUUUUCAAGGUAUUGAAACAAGUGCACCCUGAUACUGGUAUUUCCAAGAAAUCAAUGAUGAUUUUGAAUUCUUUCAUCAAUGAUACAUUUGAGAAGAUUGCAGGGGAAGCUGGAAAGCUUUGCAAGUAUAACAAGAAAGAAACUCUCUCCUCACGUGAAAUCCAGACGGCCGUUAAACUUGUUCUCCCAGGUGAACUUUCAAAGCACGCUGUAUCUGAAGGCACCAAAGCUGUUACAAAAUUCACUGGCAAACAAAAUUAA